AUGAACCCGUGUGGUGUGUUUCUCCUUUCACUGCUUACACUAGUGCAACUAAGUUUCUGUCUCAAGCCGGACGAACAAUUGAAGCAGACUAUAAGUAAACAUGGCUACCCGGUCGAACUACACAAAAUUGUAACCGACGAUGGGUACAUCUUAACAGUAUCACGAAUUCCUUCCCCUGGAAAACCUCCACUAUUGAUUGCACAUGGACUCUUCGGUUGCUCGGUGGACUCCGUCAUUCAAGGGCCAAACAAAUCUCUCGCAUUUAUGGCUUUCGAAUCCGGGUUCGACGUUUGGAUGGGAAACAAUCGUGGUACAACCUUUUCUAAAGCACACCAAUCACUGAAUGCCAACUCAAGAGAGUUUUGGCAAUUUAGUUUCCACGAACUCGGUUUGCUCGAUCUACCGGCGAUGGUAGACUACAUACUCAAACGGACACAAAGGAACCAACUGCAUUUCAUAGGCCAUUCUCAGGGAGCGACUCAGUUCCUGGUUCUGAACAGCAUUCGUCCAGCGUACAACGCUAAGUUUGCCAGUGUCCAUCUUUCCGCACCCGUAGCUUUCAUGCAUCACUCAACCACCCCAGCAGUCUUUCUCGCAGCUCGAUUGGAUGAACUGGAAGGAGCCGUUAAGACUCUGGGAAUCUACGAAAUCGCUGGUCGUGGUAAGAAUUCCUACAUGGACAUAAUCGCUUUUGGCGUCAAAACCGGAUUCAUCCCGACAGAUCUAGUAUUGCUGAAUAUGUGGUACUUCAUCGGAUACCAUGAUUCCGUCAAUCGAAGUAUGGUUCCGGAUUUGAUGCAGUACAGUCCGGCAGGAGGUUCCGCUUUUUCGUUGAUACACUACGUUCAGCUGUACAACGCAAAAUCUUUUCAACUAUACGACUAUAAAGCAAAUGGAAAUUUUCGACGUUACGGACGGAGAUACCCUCCAAUAUAUCCACUACACAAAAUCACCGCACCCGUGUCGCUGUACUACAGUACCUACGAUAGCCUGAACCAACCGGGGGAUGUGGAUGAGCUCGCCCGACGAUUGCCGAACGUGACGCGGAAAUUCAAGAUACCCGAUUCAAAGUGGAACCACUUGGACUUUCUGUACGCUUCGGAAGCCCAUCACGUCUACAGAAUCGUGCUGUCCGGGAUGAAGAAAGAUUGACUGUUCUCGUCCAAUUAAUACAUUGCAUUAUUUUAGCAAAAUUUUAAUUGGUCAAUUCGCUGCAGGGCCGGAAACUUGAGCUCGUUAAAAAAGAUAAACACUAAUUGUUCAUCCAGUGACAGUGAUGAGGGUCGGGUAUGCGAAAUUGGUAAUAAAAUAUCUACUUUUGGGCCAUACGCUAAUUGAGAGGUGCUGUUUAAAUAACUUAUUAGGAUUAUAUCUUAUUGUUAA